GUCUGCUUGAUUGGCACUUCAUCUGGUUGUAGUUCUUUAUUACUCGGAGUUUCUUCGAAAAGUUUUGUAGUCCAUAAAUAGAAAAUAGAAUUUCGUUUAAAACGUAGUAGAUAAUUGACAAAUUACUUCCAUCUACUCGUUGAACAAUAAUAAAGUAACAACUAAUGAUGAAAUCAUAAUGGUCACAAAACUUAGAAGUUGUUUGCAAGUGGUGUUGGUAUAUGUCAUUGUAGUGACUGGAUUAAUGACAUCAAACGAUACGAGUUUGAAUGUCUACUUUGAUAUUGUUACACCUGACUUGAGCAGUUCACAGGAAGAUAAUGUGACACUUCAGUGUCAAGUCCUCGGCAUUACUUUGGACUCAGACAUUAAGGUUGCUGAAUAUACCAUCUUUUUUCACCAGCUAAACCAAUGGCAAACACUAGCACAAAUAUCGCAAGGAUCUGAUCACGUGACAUCAAAAGAUGGAACUCUAUUCCUAACCAAAGGCAGCACCGGGACCGCCCUGGAUCCGACCUCCUUUAUCCAGCUGACUUGGAGACGAAGUGACUUUGACAUAGCUGAUGAUUACCGUUGUGACGUUACCUAUUACACGUCUGACUCAAGGGAAUCUCAAAAAGUUUUCUCGAAGAUCCUGUCACGUGAAGACAUCUUCAAAAAUCUUAAAGAAAGUCCUGUCAAAACAGUCAUGGGAGUUGAAAGGGCAAAUUGCGAUAGCAUUUUAAAAUCAAAGGACAUUGUCUUUCAGAAAACGUUGACUGAAAUCAUUAUGUCAUUUAAUGCUUCCAUUCAAGAACUAGUCGAUGAAACCAAACAACUGGCGAGGACUAACUCUGAGCUCAUUGAGUAUUUGGCCACAACUAAGGAUGAGAAAUUGAGCCAAGCUUUGACUCUGUUAGAAAACUCUUCAUUGGAAUUGGCUUCUUUAAAGGAGAUGAUGCAAGAGAAACUACAGCGGCAUACGGUGCAAGAUGUGACAGAGUUAGAAGAAAAAUUGCGGAGACAGGAGAUUCUAAUACAAGAAAUGAACGAAACGUUACAACUGAAUUCUCUGAAUGGGACAACUUUGGAAGCGUCCGUCGUUGGGAGUGGAGAAGUUUCGUGGCCGAAAGGAACUUACGCACUGCUGAAACCGAACACUGGAUGCCCGACCAAUGCAAAGAAGUCGUGGCUUUGGAAAGAAGGCUAUCGAAAAUAUCACACUGAGAGCAGCGGAAAUGCAGACAAGUACAGUGAUGAUAUACACCUGGCAUUGCCUGUUAAGGUUAUUGAUUCAAGCAAGCAUUUUGUCUAUUUGUCAUUCUGUGCUAAGGACUCAAACUAUGGUUCCAGCAGCCACUGGCCAAUCGGAUCAUACUGUAUCAAUAGAGUAGGACGCCAUUGCCCAGCUGGCUUCAAGAGCGGAGGUUUCCGAAUAAACGAAGAAAAAAACUAUUACUCAGGGACGGUCGGUGGAUUUCUCUUGGAAACGGGUCCCAAUUUUUAUUUAAGAUUUUGUUGUCGUGCGGAUGGUAGCCCAACUACUCCCAUAAUUUUACCCAACGGAUCACCUUUCUACUUAAGCAAGUUUGGCAAUCUGUGCCAAGAGGUGUAUGGGAUGACAUCGACAGAGGAAUACAUUUAUUUAGACACGGAUGACAGCAAUAAUGAGGACAUGGCAUUUCCACCUCACCCUGAAGGAUUCGCCAACAAUGGUUUUCAAAUGUGGAUGUGUUAUUACAAACCUAAUUAGACGCAAUCCUGUUCUGAAAUAGAUCCAUAUUGAUGUGUACCUCCAUAACAUUUGUCAUCUAUAAUCGUUUCAAACAAGGUUUACCCCUUUAGAACCUCAGACAUUUCUGCCUAUCAAAUAGCUGUGUGGCAGCAUUACAUUUGUUGUCACCGCUGGCUAGACUAUGUGAAAGAAGAAAAGAUCUAUUAGAUCUUGUAAGUCUCUCUUGUCAGUAUAAAGCCUCUCAACCACAAGUCCUAGUCAGCAUCUCCAGCUGUCACUACACUAGUCAACAUGAGAACCCUCUUUCUCUCAACAUUUUAGAACAACUUCUCUCAACAUAGGAACCCUCGCUCUCAAUAAUUUAGAAAUACUUUUCUUACCCUAGCCUAGCUCUCAACAAUUAUUUAACCACCUCUCUAUAUUUAUUACUUUUAACUUUUAGAAUCUAGACCCAAUCGGUGACGAGGUUUUAUAAUAGAGACAUUUAAUAACAAUCUUCAUACACGUUCUUGUUAUAAAACUCGAUUAAUAGGCUAAAUUAUUCAUGUACAUCGAAAAUAAAUGUUUUCAUUCACUUUCAAA